CUACAGCACAAGCGCAACGCAGCCAAGUUUGCGAAGGAAGGUAGCUAAAAUAUCAACGUUUCUGAAGCAGACAUUAUAGCUGGUCAGCGGUGAGCGAUGGAGGGAUGUGUGGUCCGUCUCCACAAUGUUUGCUUCAAUAGUGAUUUAAGCGCUCAUCCCAUCAUUAUCAACUUCUACCAACUCUUCCAAACCAGAGAUGCUCCUGAAAUUCUGCCUAUGAUCAGGAACGAGGAUGUUCUUCGGGCUGUGGUGGCUCUGUUGGACACAUCCUUGCCUGAUGUCGGCCCCAUAGACGUCCACAAAACUGUGCACUGCCCAGGGAUACGUACUAUUAUUUUAUCACAGGACCAUGUAGAUGCUUUAGAGUACUAUAGGGACAGGGCUUCCAGAAACAAGGAGACACAUUUGAGCCCAGUAUCCUGUAAAACAACAGACAGAGCUGAAUCCAAACACAAGCUGCUCACUGAGCUAUACAGCGACUCUGAGGAGAGUUCAGACGAGACGUUAGAAGUGGAGACAAGUGACAGAUGGUCUUGGGAGCGAUUCUGUGAAGGCCUACAGGAGUUUGUGGACGGAGCGAGGGCAAGGAAAGAAAGACGAGCAAUGCAAGGAAAAGACGGAAAGAUCCCGCCAUCCGCAGUAGGAGUUGAAUCUCUGAUCGUGGCUGCUGCUUGCUAUGAAGUCAAACUACUAUCUACAGGAGACACUGUGCUUCAGCUUUCUCUUUUGGCUGUUAGGAAACACUACCGGUACCUUGGGAUUGGCAGCUACAUCAUAGAGCUUCUGAAGACUCAGUCUAUUGUAGGGCAAUAUGAUGCACUUGUUGCUCACGUUGACAUGGGUGCAAUUGAUUUCUUCAAAAGUCACGAGUUCACAGACGACCUCCUCCUCAAUGACAAAUUCAAAGAGCUGAACGAUGAAUGGACCGACAGUAUUCUUAUGAGCUACCUGCCACCCUUUACUACAGACCUAGAGAUGAGAAAUCCUGAUUUCGCUCUGAGUUUACAAGAUUUGAAGAUGGACAUGAGUAUGGCAAGGUCACAGGCUCUCUGUGCAUAUCAGCAACAGGUGGUGUGUGUCACCAGGCUACUCAGAGAGGUCAAGACCUUACGCGAACAGCUAGAUCUACAACGUGAGGAAGUGGAACGUCUCAACUGCAAGCUAGAGCAGGAAAAACGAGAGAGGCGUGAUGUAGAAAACAGGUUCUUGAUGUACAGGGUGAAGAGUGUGCAAACACUGUUGGACAGCAAUGACUCAGACUCAGAUGAUCAUCAACAGACAACAGGAACAGGAGAGCAAGAAAGAGAACAAUCUGAAGAACCUUUAAUACAAACACCAGAGGGGGCUGGAGGCUGCUGAUGAAACUGAUACUUUCUACAGUCAAAUGAAUACAUUCAAAUAUAAUUCAAAUAUAUUCAUUAGAUUUUUAGGCAUGUCUGAGGGUGAUAUAAUUUGCAUUCUAUUCAUUAUAAAUGGUGUAACUUAUUGUAUGCUUAUUUGUACUUCUGUCUUGUAUCGUUUUUGAAUGUCGUGUUUAAGAGUUGCUCUUGUUGGUUGCCAGAAGUAGAAGUCUCUGGACCAUCAAUAUACCCGCUUUAAAAAAAUAAAAAAGACCAGUUUUGAAUUUAAAA